GAAGGGUCACACAGAUGUUGUAAAAGAGCUGUUAACACACAGUAAUAUUAAUGUUAACUGGGAGGGUGAGUCAGGUACACCACUGUACAUAGCACUUAGAAAGGGUCACACAGAUGUUGUAAAAGAGCUGUUAACACACAGUGAUAUUAAUGUUAAAUUGGAGAAUAAGAAAGGUGAUACUCCUCUCCUGAUAGCUGCUAGGAUGGGUUAUUUGGACAUUGUGAAACAAAUGUGCCAAGUCGAUGGCGUGGAUAAGAACCACGUUAAUAAUUUAGGUUAUACCCCCUUUCUCGCUGCUGCUGAGCAAGGUCAUGCUUAUAUAGUUAAAUACCUUCACGAAUUAGGCUGUGUCAAUAUGGAGCAAGUGGAUAACAACCAGGCAAUAUAUGUGUUCUGUAAAAGUUCAGUCUUCAAAACACUUGUUGACAUCUUCGUAGAUCUACACGAUAAUGACACAAAGAUAUCAAGUUUAUUGAAUGUAUUGUACGUAAGUUUGCAGGCUAACAUCAAAUGUGACUGUGGUGAGGUCGAGUCUCAAGAUCCCAGAAAUGUAAGCCUUCUAAGUGAGGUCGAGUCUCCAGACAGUCCAAAGAAAUCCAAAGAAGCAAAGAAGUCUAAAGAAGCGUUCGAAAAGGACGCUUUUAAAAAGGUUCUUCGAGAAACAUUGGGAGAGGCUGUUUUCGAAAGAUUUUCCGCCCAAAUAGAUAGAAUUUCAGAUGAAGGAUAUGAAGGAGACAUUGACGCAAAACUUGUAGCAAAAUGUAUUGCUAAAACCUAUUUGAAGGAGAACGAUCAAGGAUGCUGCGCUCCCAUAGAAAAUAUUAAAGAGGACAUCGAAAAGUGUCUGUUUUCUGCAUGCAUUAGCAAGUUUUCGCACAAGUGUACUGUUCGAGGAAGCUUUGACUAUUUUACCUGCUUAUUUGCAAUAUUAAUUCAUAUCUCCGACAUUGCUUCUGAUGUUUAUGUAGGCUACAAAACGCUAAACGGCUUUUCUUCAAGAUUAGGGAUACUAAUGCUAGUCCUUGUUUUUGUGACGUUGUUCCACGAGAAUAUCCGCUCUUCAAUUUCAACAUUUGCUACUGGGAUAGAGCAACUCCGGACAAAUCUUGGAAAAGUCACAUUUACACCAGAAGAUUGGAAAGGUUCUGAACUUAACUAUGGGCAUGAAUUGUGGGUGCCAUUUAAAUAUCUAGGACGAUUCUUUUGGCCGUUCAAAGUAAAAGGACAUUCAUCAAUAUCAACAUCUGUUAGAGCCGGAUUUUUCAACGUACUCUCGAUAUUUUGGCUCCGUCCAGUUGUUGAUCGUCUGCAAUUUCUCACGCACUCACCUUCUAAAUUACGAGUCAUCUAUAGGCAGCAGGCCAAAGACAAAUCUCUUGCCCAAUACUAUAUGAUAACGGAACAGAUUCCUGAGCUUCUUAUCCAGUUUUACAUUUUUCAGAUCUACUUCAACAUUUUGAGGAAAGAUGGGGACUUCAGAAGCUCUGGAUGUACGGACUAUCAUAGUUUCGAUUACGAUUCAGGGGAUUUUGUGUGUGUCGAAAACCUACUGAGAUUAAAGAUAUGCGCGUCAUGGGUGGAAGUAUAUUCAAUGAUAGUGCCGUUUGUGAAGAUUCCCAACAGCGUGAUCGGUUUGGAAGUGAUACUUCGGAAACUCCAUCCAGCAACACCAAAGAUGUCUACUGUUUCCCUCGUGCUAUUGUAUAUAGCUUAUGUUCUGAUGAUCCCUUCUAGACUCUUCCUAUUUGCAGCAGUAAUGCACUCAGUCCCCAAUCACUUCUAUGUUGCUGGAUAUCUUGGACUAAUCAACUUUAGUUUGGUUUGUUGUUAAUAAGAUCACGAUAAGUAUAGCAAGCAAGCAGAAAAUACCAAGUUCAAAGGAUAAAGAAGAAGAUCUUACGAUACUACGACGUAUUGGUGAUAUGUGGUCUCUCCUGCUAUUCAGUUUUAGAGAUGUUAUUGUCAUUUCGCUACGUCGACCGAAUGCAUAUCUUAUUUCCCCCUCAGAAGUAGGCUACAAAACUUUAAGGACCUGGAAAGAGAUGAUGGUCAUAUCAACCUACAUGUUUGUCGAGGGAGUUAUAGGCGCGGUUUAUGUUGAGAAUAACUACCCCUGCGGUAGGAAUACUGAUAUCUUCAAAUACCAGGGAUGGCUCUACCUAAUACUACUAAUUAUUUCAACUACCCUCAUAACUUUGCUUUCUUAUAUUUUCCAGGUCAAUAAAACGAUUUUUAAAAACUUCCGAAUGAAGUCAGCCUUUAUCUGCGGAUAUGGGUUAAUAAUGUGGUACAUGUAUCUUUGACGUUGUUUAUCUCGAGACAAGACUUAGGCCUGAUGGAGCCGAAAUGGGUGAUCAUCGUAUUAGUGAUCCUGAUGAUUAUCUUUCUUGCAGCAGCUAUAUUGUUAAGAAAGUUUAGCGAAGCAAAACUUCCGAAAAAUGGGAAGGAUGAAGAACAAAAAGAACAAGCUUCCGCCUGCUGUCCAAUCUCUUAUUUCAAAAAGUCUUGCUCUAAAUCUAUCUGUUGCAGAUGUAAGACUACUUCAGAUGAACUUCCUUUGUCAACCCUGCCACUAUCAACUCAGACUCAUCGUUGUGAAAAUGAAACGGAACGUAGCACACUUCUAGCAAACAUACAGGAAGAGGAAAUCAGUGAUAUUGAAGCUCAGAAUGUAGAAGCUGACAUUACACCAGCAGAAGACGAACACGGGGUAUUCCAAGACUCGCAUGUAUAGUUUAAAAGCUUUAUUAUGUAUUUUAUUAUUAUGUUUUAUUUAUUAUUUGUAAGUAUUAAAUGAUGCCUAUCGUAUCAUUCAAAAGUUUCAAGAACCCACCUUGAAGAAGACACAACAGAUCUAAUCUAAGGAUGAGAACCGGUGUUCACAACUUUCAUCAGAAGUGCUUUCUCUAUAAAGGAAACAAUUUCAUACUUUUCACGGAUACAAAGAUGAUAUUUUUAUCCUUUCACCUUAAUCUUAUUAUCAUUAAUUCUCUUUUUAUACUUUCUUUAUCCUUCUCAACUUAACACUAUCCAACCCGACUCUUUAAAGACAAAAACCUCCGCAAGCAACUCAAGAAUCGCUACAUUUGAGUUCUCAAAUAACAGGCGAGGAUCAGUGAAAAGCAGUGAUCAGGAGCAGUUUACUUGUGGUUUAGUUGGUCGCUAUGGUAACCCUAGACACUCACGUUUAAUUGAUCCUGUUGAGACACCUGCACUAAUUUGGAGAUGUGACUGAAAGGCGACUGAAAGACACGUGAUGCCCAUAUAAGGACACUUAUCUUCCAAAUCACGCCCACAUUAUCUCCUGUACUCCUUCACUGAUACUUCAGAGAAGAAAGCGGUGUUUAUAUCCCUUAUAUGGGUAUCACGUGUUUGUGAGUCAAGAACUUCUUUUUGUGUUGGAGCUAACUUCACUUCCUCAUUGAACAAAAGAGAAGAAAGCGGUGUUUGCGAGUCAAGAACUUCUUUUUGUGUUAGAGCUAACUUCACUUCCUCAUUGAACAAAAGGUUAUGAGCGCUGCCAACUUUAACAUCCUUCCAAAGAAUACACUGCCACCCUUUCCACUCCUCUUCAUCAUAUCUUCCGUUCCUUCCUAAGAAGAUUGACCUCUGUGAAAAAGACAGUUGUUCCUGGUUCCAUCAUCUUAAGUAAAAUAUAUCUACAUUCGCUGAUUGUGCGAUAUAUUCCGUCUGGUUACACGAUAUUAAAAAUGUGGGGUAAAUCAAUAAUUAUGUCUAAGAAUUGAGUUGUCAGAACAAUGAACAUUUAGCUAUAGGUUUUUAUUGUAAGUCUAGCUGUGAGUUAACAAAUCUUACUAAGUUUUUAAAUCCAGCUGCACUGCUGUAGUCAGUAGUUACCGUCCAGUAAAAAUGUAAACUUUUUAUUAAUAUCACUCAGAUAUUGUUCCGUAUAUCUACGUUUUCAGCUGUUUCAGCUAGGUUAUGUAACCUCAAUUAACUUUCGUCAAAUUACCUAAUUAAAUUAUUAUUGCCCAACUAUCCUAUAGGGUUUUAUUGGAAACUUCCAGUACUAUUUUGCCUUAAAAUAACACUUUUAGUCUAUGUUAGAAAUAUUCUAACUGAUAUGUUAGUAAAAGUGUUAAACUGUUUUAAAUUUGACCGAUCGUAAUCAGACUAUAUCAGGGCAUUUUAAAUACAGCGAUUCAGUUGUUUAUUAUUAAUUUUAUUUGCAAAGCUACUUUAAUUUUGCGGUUUUGAUAAUGUGUUAAAUCCACAGGGUUGUUAUAAAUUUAACUACUUCAACGUUGUUUUUUAUGGCUUGGUAUAAUGACCUUCAGAACUAAUAUACAUAA